CACAUUUGCGGGCAGCAUCAAACCCGCCGUUUGCCUCACCUCCAAAAUAAGGGUUCUCAUGCUGCACCAUGUUCGUGGCGAACGUCUCUCCCGAGUCCUCCCCGCUCCGCAAUGACUUUUCCGAUUUUCCGGCUCUCGACCUCGUUGAACAACGCCUCCCUGAACGCUCAAUCUCCACGCAUGUUUGGAGACCGCCCUUAAGCCGCCUUGGCUUUAGAUUGUCUCCUUCCUAACAACAGCCAGCUUUGACUCCUUUUCAUCGGCCACCGCCAGAACAUGUAGGCAUCAACCAGGACCCGGAUGUGCAUUCGCUGGGUGGUUUGACAUGAGAUUCUGGGCAUAUUGGGUUGGGUGUGAAACGGUUUCCCUUGCUAUUUCAUUUCCUUCAAAGUACUGGCGUUCUGGGCUACAGGCAUGGUCGAAACAUAGGUCACUUUCAUUCUCGUUAGGAUCUCGUUUCUGCUCUUGGCUCCCAAGAUACUUCAAAUCAAUCAUGGAUGGGCUCAUGUUGGGUUGUUCUGCUGCUUGUGGUCUAUCAUGUCAUCGACUUGUUUGGUGUACUGGCGCUCUGGUUGCAUCUGUGAAGCGAUUGAAGCUACGGAGUAAAAGUGUAACUGAGCGCGAUACCUGUGCGAGUGUUGACCCGGUUCUAACUUCGGUCUGUCCAGACGUUACUGUGGUGCCGGCAUCUCCGGUGGAUCUAUGGUGUUCCAGAUGUGGUCUUGUGACCGUUACGUACAACGGGAUACAUAUCAGUUGAACCAGGGCAUAGAGAGGAAAGUGGCGCUGAGGAGCGAUCUUGUCUUGUCCUGGAUCAGUUUUUGGGGGAUCGAUUAU